AUGGUUCUGACUCGUCGCUUUCCAGUUCUGCUAAUGCUGUGCCAAAUGUUCUCCGGACUAAUUGCAAAGCAGUGCAGUCGUCAAGUUUCCGUGUAUGGAAUGAUGCUUCAACGACACAUCUUCAAGAUAGUUGAGACCUCUACCACAUUUGAGUGUCUUACGGCCUGUAACGACGAGGAAAGAUGUCAAAGCUUCAACUACGUCGUUUCCAAGAACAUCUGUGAGAUGAAUAACCGCACUAAGGAAGCCAGACCUGAAGACUUCGUCCCUGACUCUGAUCGGUAUUAUUAUGGAAGAGUUAGAAACAGAGUUCCACUGGGAUCCAUUCCGGAGCUUCCCGCUGAAUCGUGUAAAGAAAUUAAAGCCAGUGAGGGAGAACAAGCGGUCAGCGGCAACUACUGGUUUAAAUUUAAUCUACUUAAUUAUGCUGUUUUGGUUCACUGCGAUAUGAAAACGGAAGAUAUUGACGAGUGCACUCAUGGAAUUCAUGAGUGUCUCAACGAAUCGGCAAACUGUUUAAAUACGGUUGGAUCGUACAACUGUGUUUGUAAAGAUGGUUACCAAGGCGACGGAAAAACCAUUUGCACGCCAGAGGAAUGUAUAAGCUACUCACUUCUGACCAGUGGAACAAGGAAAACCACCUACGACACACCCCAGGGAAGAGAAUCUUGCGACAACGACCUCAGUGCGGACUGGUUUCGUUUCAAAGGAGAUGCAGGAACGAAGAUGCCAACCAAAUGUGUACCUUACAAAAAAUGUGGCACUGACUCUACGGGUUGGCUAGACGGUUAUCAUCCAACAGUAGCUGAUGGAAAGAAAUGCACGGCAUUUAUUAUCAAACCUCCUACUCUGAACAUGUGCGGUUUUAAAUUGACUACAUUCUUACAAAAAACAUGUCGCAUCAUUCAGUUCGUACGUAAAAUAAACGAAAAGGCUCUUGAAGGUCACACGAUUACAACGAUUAAUUCGAACAAAGUCGACUUUUGUGAGACGCGGUGUUUCCUUAACCAUGAUUGUGUCUCUUACAACUUUGGACCAAGUGAAGACAACGAUGACACAUAUGUAUGUGAACUAAAUAACUCAACGGAUAAUAAAAGAUUGAAACCUAAAGCGAUGUACGUAUACAGCGAAACAAAGGACUCCUGCCGGUCAAAUCCUUGUUUAAACAAUGGCAAAUGUCAAUAUGGUUUUACAGCCAAAACUUUCCGCUGUCUGUGUUCCGCUGGCUUUACUGGAGAAUUUUGCGAAAGGGAUGUCGAUGAAUGUAACGAUAAAAGCCAUACUUGUGAUGCUAAUGCGAAUUGUUCCAACGCUAAUGGUUCGUAUCAUUGCUCAUGUAAGGAAGGAUACACUGGAGAUGGACACUCAUGUCAAGAUACUGAUGAAUCCAACGAUGAUGUUUGUGAUACUAAUGCUAGCUGUACCAACACUAAUGGUUCUCAUAAUUGCAUCUGCAAGGAAGGAUACAUUAUAACUGGACGGUCUUGUCAACAAGUCACAGAUAUCGAUGAGUGCCUCAUUGCAAGCCAUGCUUGUGACGUGACUGCAAAUUGUACCAACACUGACGGCUCCUACAACUGCACCUGUAAGGAAGGAUACGCCGGGGACGGAGAGUCAUGUCGAGAUAUCGACGAAUGCAGCAAUGGAAGCCAUGAUUGUGACGUUAAUGCGAAUUGCACCAACACUGACGGCUCCCAUAGCUGCACCUGUAAGGAAGGAUACACUGGAAAAGGAGAGUCGUGCCAAGCCGAUCCAUGUUAUAAUUACCACAACCUAAGUGAUGCCACAAGGAAAAGCAGUUACAUUACACCGCUCUCUGGUCCAGUGUUUUGUGACUACCCACUCACCGUGAGAUGGUACCGUUUUGUGGGAGCUGCCGGAACUAAAAUGCCAACAAUACGUGUACCAGCAUACAAAUGUGGUACAGACUGGUCAGGCUGGUUGGAUGGUGCUCAUCCUAUAGUGGAAGAUGGUGACGUUUUCAGGAGGGUCUGCUUUAGCAAUCGUCCUACAGGUUGCAAAUACUCAAUCGAAAUUUCAGUUACAAAUUGUGGAUCAUUUUAUAUCUACAAACUUGCUCAGCCCCCUGGUUGUUCUUCGCGUUACUGCAGCACGGACUAAAUCUGAGUCUAAUAACUUCACAAAACGAGACAAGUCAUAAAAAGAUCCUUGUGAACAAUGUACUUUACGACUUACAGUCCCCUCCCUAUCGUAAUCGUUAAUACUAUCAUUAUAACCUGGUGCAUACUGGCAAAUCUUUACGUCGGUGGCGAACU